AUGAGCGUGGCCCUCCUGGCCCUCCGACUCAUGUGCUUGGCCUGGAUGUGGCCCCUCACCCAGCUCAACAGCAGCUCGCUCCCCGACGGCCGACGACAGCAGGAGGUGAACGAGGAGGAGAAGGACGUCCAGAAGGAGGCAGGACGAGUCAACCUGAAGCUGAAAAAACUGGACAGCACCAAAUCUCUGCUCAUCAAAUCUGAGCAGCUGCUGCGGAUCGAAGAGCACGACUUCGCCAUGAGGCCGGGAUUUGGAGGUUCAGCGAUCCCAGUGGGCAUCGACGUGCAGGUGGAGAGUAUUGACAGUAUAUCUGAAGUCAACAUGGACUUCACCAUGACCCUGUACCUGAGACACUACUGGCAGGACGACCGUCUGGCCUUCGCUUCCAGCAACAACAAGAGUCGAACUUUCGACUCACGUCUGGUGAAGAAGAUCUGGGUUCCUGACGUGUUCUUCGUCCACUCCAAACGCUCCUUCAUCCACGACACCACCAUGGAGAACAUCAUGCUGAGGGUGUUUCCUGACGGCAACAUCCUCUACAGCGUCAGAGUCACAGUCACGGCUCUUUGUUCCAUGGACUUCAGUACUUUCCCUCUGGACACACAGAACUGUUCCCUGGAACUGGAGAGCUACGCCUACAACGUGAACGACCUCGUGCUGUACUGGAAGAACGGGAACGACUCGUUAAGGACCGAUGAGAUCGUUCUCUCUCAGUUCUUUAUAGAAGACUUCCAGCCUUCCUUUGGACUGGCCUUCUACAGCAGUACUGGUUGGUACAAUCGUCUCUACAUCAACUUCAUUCUCAGGAGGCACAUCUUCUUCUUCAUGCUGCAGACCUACUUCCCCACCAUGCUGAUGGUGAUGCUGUCCUGGGUCUCCUUCUGGAUCGACAGGAGAGCCGUCCCUGCCCGUGUUUCUCUGGGCAUCACCACGGUCCUGACCAUGACCACCAUCAUCACUGGCGUCUCAGCGUCCAUGCCUCAGGUGUCCUACGUCAAGGCCGUGGACAUCUACCUAUGGGCCAGCUUCCUGUUUGUCUUUCUGUCCGUCAUCGAAUACGCUGCGGUCAACUACUUCACCACCGUGGAGGAGAUGAAGAGGCUGAAAGGCUCUUUGAAGAGUCCCACCACCUUCUCCGACACUCAGACCAUGGCCUUCGAUGGCUGUUUCCAUGACAACGACAUUAACCUGACCACGUUCACAGCCGUCUCCAGCCCGUCAACCACCGACAGGAACGCCCAGUCACCUAACUCUACUGUCUCUGCACCAGCAGAGGGCACCAGACUGCGGCGCAGACAGCCAUUAAAACAAAACCUCAGCUUCAUUAUGAGCAACAGCUACAUGAUCGACUCCUACUCCAGGGUCAUCUUCCCUCUGACCUACCUGCUUUUUAACAUCAUUUACUGGAGUUUGUAUGCGUAACAUUUGCACCGUCCUACAGUCCAGACUGCAGUGAACCAACGACUUCACACCCUCACUGUACAACUGUACCACUGUACCACCGUCACUGAUCCUUAGGUGAGAACAGACGGCCUGUGUGUCCAUCUCCAACAUGGCUGCUUUAAAAUAAACAUUUUAAUUUAGCACUUAGACCAAACCUACAUUUAUUGUAAAAUAAACUCUUAUAGCAUUUAAGAAAAAGAAACACCAUGGUCGUCAUCACAGAAUGGAUGGAUUUCAAUCAAUAAAACAAAACGGUUUGUAUUUUAAUAUUUACAGAAAUGCUUUUCAGGACUUGCAGUAAAAUCUGUAUUUACAACCACAGAAACUGAGUAAGUAUACAGGUAUACAUAUAAACUAAUAAUAAUAAUUUGGUACAGUCCGAAGUUAAGUUUGCGGUUUUCGAAUCCCAAACGGAGCAGUACCACUGAAAGUCGUGGGGGCGCUGUUGCACAGUCAUUAAAAACAACAGCACAAAUGAAAAAAACAAAACCGAAAUGGUACUGAGAACACAACACUGACACCUAGCGUAUACGUUGCUUGAUAUAUUAAGAUAUUUCACUAAUCAGCAUUGAUUAGUGAAAUGGUAAACAUGUACAUGAAGUACCUGAAGGGAGGAAAUGACGAGUCUAUGUCUCACUGGUGCAACUGUUUCCUACAGACACAAACAAACUUAUGUAACACAAUCAUUAAUAAAUGAGGAUUGGAGAAAACAAAGAGGAUUAAGCGGUAUAUAACAUGUGGCCGUGGUACACGAAGAGCGCAGUACACCGAGUAAUCACCGCUGAUGGACGGUCAUCUAAUGAAUAUUGACGUUAGAUAAGAAACGGAAGGAGCUCCGUUCAAAAAUGAGUGGAAAGAGUUCGUUUAUUUCAUCAAAAACCAGUCGAAUUAUAUUUAUAAAAAUAUCUAUAUCAUUUAAAUAAAUCCGUUUCCGGAAAUGUAUGUGUUUUCUAUCGUUUUUAUUUUUUUAAAUCACAAAGAACCACCUGCUGCAAAUCGCCACUGUGUUUCACUUAGAGUACAGGUAGUAGUAGUAUUACAGUAGUACACGUUUAUGUAUGUUUGUGUAUUUGUUUACCUCACUU